AUGACAUCAUUUAACUGCAUUGUUAUUCUUGGAGAAUGCAGCCUUACUGCUUGUUUAAGUCCUUUUCAAGGCACAAUUAGCGGCGUCGUUUGCAGCUUGGCGAAAAAAUACGUCAGCUGCUUGAAUGAAAAAGUUUUAAAUAACGACGCUUGUGGCUGGGCUAAGAAACUUGCAGGAAAGGGUAUGAUUAAAGCUGCAGAACUAGGAAUGCGGACAGCUGGCUGCAAACCCGAUUUAACGGCAGUAGCCCGUUGUGAUGUUAACGUGUGCGCUUAUCCACAAGCUAACUCGUCCUCUUUCUGCCAACAAGCCAAGGAGUAUGGAAGUUGUAUACAAGAAAACGUCUUUGAUGUAGAGCAUUGCCAUCAAGAACAGAAGGAAGCUGGGCACUAUAUGACCGUUGCUUUGUCAACAGAUAUUGCCCACCAUAAAUGCAGAGAUGUUCUUCAAGCUAAUCCCAUGCUAGGAGACAGCUACCUAAUGUGCAUGGCCAAUUGUAUUAUUCCAUAGAACUUACCCAAUUUAUAAUUGAUUGACAGAGUAGUUUAGUUUUUUUCUCAUAUGCA